AAUGAGAUAAGAGAUAGAAUACUACUGAGUGUCUAAUAAUAGAAUGCCUAAGUCUAAGAUAAAAUUUUAAGUGUCUAAUGGAGAGGAAGUGUAUUAUUUUUCAUAUGUAGUCAAAUUUAUAUUACAAAAGUAUAGUAGUUGUGUAAAGGUAUUUAUAUUGCUAUUUAACUAUGAAUCAUUAUAGAAAGAUUAUUGCUUUUAAUAAUAACUAAUUUAAAGUCAUUUUUUAGAAUAAUUUCCAAUUGAUUAAAAGUAUAAAUUACAUAAAAUGAAAGUUUUAAACUCUUUCUAUUUAAUUUUGAUUAAUUUGAUGAAGUUAAUGAUGAAACCAAAUGAAAAUGUGCAUGGAAGUGUCUUAUCAUUACUGUAAUCUGCCUUAAUCUAAAUGUUUUAUUUCUCACUCACUUAAAAAAACUAGUUGCAAAUCUGUGCGAUGAAUCUCUUGUAUGACAUGAUAGGUGGGAGAAACGAUGAGAAUGAGGUGGGCUUAUCGAGAAUUUUUUACUUCUUAUGCUAUACUCAUUGAUAAUAACAAGCACUAGAAUUUGGUGGAAGUGAACUAGAAUUCAACGAGCUAAUCACCACCUUUUUGAACCAAUGAAAAACAUGACCAGGAUUUCAAGAAAUCCUAGACCACAACGAUGGAGCAUACUACAAUGACAUAGUGUUCUUCUUCCUCGUAGAGCCAUUGUUAUGUCUGUUCGGUUGCUAACACGCCACAGGGUUGUUGUUGGCAGCAUAUUUUUAUUUUGGGAUGUCAUAGUAUAAAGACAAACAGGAGCAACCUGAAUUCCUUGUUCCACUUGUUGUGGUUUCACAAACAAUACUCUUUCUGUUCUCUGUCACUUUUCUUUUCUUGAGUUCGAUCUAUCAUCCAUGAUGGACUUCGUAGGCCCAGUGUUGGACAUCAUAAUUCGCUUGUGGGACUGUUGUGCCCACGUCCGUGAUUAUGAAGAGAACCUUUCUUGUUUGAGGGACAUGGCGUCUGACCUUCUAGGCCUUUGGGUUGAUGUGAGUGUGAAGGUUCAAAUGGCCGAGGACCAGCACCUGAGGCGUCUGAAUGAAGUGAAUGAUUGGUUGGUUAAAGUUGAAGCCAUGCAAAGAGAAGUUCAAGCUAUUCAGCAGAGAGUUGCUCAUGCUCAAGAAACACGUAGCAGAUGUUUGACAAAUUUUCCAACAAACUUCAGGAUGGGAAGGAUUGUAAGUAGAAAAAUAGGUGAGAUUCGUGAACUUAUUGAUAAAGGGCACUUUGAUGUAGUGGCUCAGGAAAUGCCACAUGCUGUGGUAGAUGAAAUCCCUCUAGAGGUCACAAUAGGUCUAGAAUCUAGCUUUGAUGAACUUAGUGAAUGUUUUGAUGAUAAUAAUGUGGGAAUUAUUGGCUUGUUUGGAAUGGGGGGUGUAGGAAAGACAACCCUGCUCAAAAAGUUCAACAAUGAGUUUCUUCCCACAAAAUUCUAUGAUGUAGUCAUUUGGGUUGUGGUGUCUAAAGAAGCAGAUGUAGGGAGUGUUCAACAAAGCAUAGGAAACAAAUUAAAUGUUCCUGUUGGUAAAUGGGGUGGUAAGAGCAUUGAUGACAGAGCUAUUGUUUUAUACAACUUUUUGAAGAGGAAGAAGUUUGUGUUGCUGCUAGAUGAUUUAUGGGAGCGUAUAGAUCUUCUGAAGUUGGGGAUUCCUCUCCCUGAUACAGAAAACGGAUCUAAAGUGAUAUUCACAACAAGGUCAAUGGAGGUUUGCAGGAGCAUGGAAGCCAACACAUGCAUCAAAGUAGAAUGUUUAGCACCAAAUGAAGCAUUUGCAUUGUUCAGAGAGAAAGUAGGUGAAGAAACUCUCAACUCUCAUCCUGAAAUAUUUCAUCUGGCCAAAAUUGUGGCCAAGGAGUGUGAGGGACUUCCGUUAGCUCUCAUCACAGUUGGAAGAUCUAUGGCUCGAAAGACUCUCCCUGAAUGGAAACGAGCAGCACGAACUUUGAAGAUUUAUCCAUCAAGAUUUUCAGGUAUGGUUGACUAUGUUUAUUGUUUGCUAGAGUUUAGCUAUGACAGUUUACCAAGUGCCUCGCACAAGUCUUGUUUCUUGUACUGUUCCAUCUUCCCUGAGGACUAUGAUAUUAGAAAAGAUGAACUCAUUCAACUGUGGAUUGGGGAAGGUCUUUUAGCUGAAUUUGGUGACGAUGUCUAUGAAGCACGAAUCCAAGGAGAGGAAAUCAUCGCAAGCUUGAAGUUUGCUUGUUUGUUGGAGGACAGUGAGAGAGAAAAUAGGAUUAAGAUGCAUGAUGUGAUCAGAGACAUGGCUUUGUGGCUAGCUUGUGAUCAUGGAUCCAAUACCAGGUUCGUGGUGAGAGAUGGUGCAUGCAGUGGUUCAGUUGAAACAUAUAAUCAGGCAAAGUGGAAAGAAGUAGAGAAACUAUCAAUGUGGCGGCAUAGCAUUCAGAAACUAUCAGGAAAACAAGAUUGCUCAAAUCUCUUGACAAUGCUAGUUAGAAAUACCGAGAUAACCAGCUUCCCAGAAGAGAUCUUUCUGACUGCAAAUCAUCUUAGAGUGUUGGACCUGUCAGGUAAUAAAAGAGUAAGAGAAUUACCUUCCAGCAUUGGGGAGUUAGUUCAAUUGCAGCAUUUGGAUCUAUCAGGUACUGACAUACAAAAAUUGCCAAGAGAGCUCCAGAACUUGAAAAAUUUGAGGUGCCUGCUGCUGAAUUAUAUUUGCAACAGGCUUGUCUUCCCAAGGAAUUUGAUAUCAAGUUUGGUGUCAUUGCAAGUGUUUAGCAAAUUACCAUGGGAAGAUCAGUUUAUUCUUCCUGACUUGGGGGAACCUGAGGAAGCUGUCUUGUUGAAAGAACUGGAAUGCUUGGAAUACCUUCAAGACAUAAGCAUUGCUCUCUUUUGCUUUUCUUCUGUGCAAGUAUUGCUGAACUCUCCCAAGUUGCAAAGAUGCAUUAGACAUCUCAGAGUACUUUCUCCAUUCACUUCAACGCCACAUAUUAUAUUAUUCUCACUUUUGACAAAAAUGCAACAUCUAGAGGUAUUAUCCAUGUCAGUUUCUUCUCCUUCAAGUUUAGACCAUGUCAGGAAAAAGGGGUCUCCAUCAUCACAGUGUUCUAUCACAGAGUGCAUUCCCAUGAGUUCAAAACUUACUGAGCAUGGUUACAUUGUUGGCCUCCGUGAGUUAUCCCUUGAAGGGUGUGACAUGUUGAACUUGAAUUGGCUCACUCGUGCUCAAAGCCUUCAACUCCUUAGAAUAUACAAUUGUCCCUCCUUGGAAGAAGUCAUAGGUGAAGAAUUUGGCCAUUCAGAAAAUGUUUUUUCGAGUCUUGAAAUUGUUGAUCUAGAUUCUUUACCAAAGUUAAGGAGCAUAUGCUCACAGGUGUUACAAUUUCCUUGUCUUAAGGAGAUCUGUGUAGCAGAUUGUCCAAAGCUGAUAAAGCUCCCUUUUGAUUCCAAUAGUGCAAGGAACAGUCUGAAGCACAUUAAUGGACAGAAAAGUUGGUGGCGUAAAUUGCAGUGGGAAGAUGAAGCCACAAGGGAUCACUUUGCUUCAAGAUAUGUACCUUUGCGCAAAAUUCGCAAAAUACGUUGAAUCCUGUAUGCAAUUGAUAUCCAACUGAAUAAAGCCAUGUAUCUUAUUUUGUAUCUCGAAUUUAGUAAUAGCUACAUGCAUUCUUGAACGUUUGGUUUGAUUGUACUUGUUUGUGAGAGAGAUAUUCUGGAAAUGAGAAAUUUUUGUUCAAGUUUUAUGCAUCUUCUUUCAUUAAACCAAGUAAA